AUGGAUGCUGACCUGGUUUAUUUUGAUGACCCUAAUGAUACUUACUCUUCUUUGCCAGAUGACAGUGUCAGUUCUGGGAAUGUUUCAGAUAAUGUAGUUUUUGGUAUCUCCAUAUUGGUGAUCUGCAUUUUCGGAGCCGUGGGGAACGGGAUUGUCAUCUGGCUUCUCGGCUUCCGCAUUAAGAGGAAUCCUUUCAGCACCUACAUCUUGAACUUGGCCGUCGCUGAUUUCGGGGUCCUCCUAGCAGCUACAUUUUUUGUUGCUGAUUAUUGGGUUGGAUUUAUUUAUGAUACUCCCAUUAUAUUCUUUGUCUUCUUUUUCCUAUUCCUAUCCACAUACAGCAGUAGUCAAUUUCUGCUGACGGCUAUCAGCCUUGACAGGUGUGUGGCCGUCUUCUUCCCACUUUGGCAUCGAUGCCACCGGCCACCGCAUUUGUCCACCAUUGUGUGUGCACUGAUUUGGGUCCUGGUCCUCUUUUUCCUGCUUACUGCAGUUACCUGCACUCUCAAAAGUGUAAGACUACAUGUAUCAAUAAUUGAAGAAUCUUACCAGUUUAUUGUGAAUGCCGUGCUUUGCCUCCCGGUCAUGACGAUUGCCACCGUGUCCCUCUUCAUCAAAGCCUGUUUGAAAGCCCGACAGCACCGGAGGGGAAGGCUUUUGACCGUCAUCUUGCUGACUCUUCUCUUCUUCCUCCUCUUUGCUUUUCCAUUCAACAUCAUGCACAUCCUCACUAAUCUCAUUUAUUUACCCAUAUACAUGUCAUCUGGUGCACUUCUGUUAGCCUGUUUAAAUAGCAGCAUAAACCCAGUCAUAUAUUUCCUGGUUGGGAGGCAAUGGAAGUCUAGUCAUAGGGAGGGCAUGAAGAUGAUCCUCCAGAAGGUUUUCAAGGAGGAGGAAGGCUGUGUGGAGGAAACCACAGUUUAG